UGUUUUUUUUUCCUUCCUUUUCCCUUUCAAUUUCAAUCUUUCCGUUGAUUUCGGUAGCUUCUGAUUCUUUUGUUUGAAAAUCCCACUAAAAUCUGUGCUUUCUCCUUCUAUUACCUUCCGUCAUUGUUGCUACCAAAUCAAAUAUUUACACACUCGUAUAUAUAUAUAUAUAUAUAUAUAUAUAUAGUUCAUUGUAAAGGCUUCCAUUUUUUGAUCUUUUGUUUUUUUUUUCUUUUUAAAGAAGAUAGAAGUGAUGGGCAGAAGCUAAAAGGGUGAAAUUCAGCUCACAGCUGACCUCCACUGUUUGUUGAUUCUUUCUCCGGGUCGGGUUGGCGCAAAAAAAAGGAAAAAAUAGUAGGGAAGUUGGGGGAUCUUUGGGAUUUUGAUCACAUGAUAAACAGCCAUUGAUGGGUUGUGUGAGCUCGAAGCAGACGGUGUCUGUGACGCCUGCUUUCGACAACUCCGGAGCUUUGCGUGACAAAGCGGGCGCCGCCUGUAGCUCCGGGACCAAUUCGGGUCGUUAUCGGGUCGGGUUAUCGGAGCUCGAGAAGAAGCGGAGCAGCGGCGGUAGCGGUAGGAAGACGAAGAAAAAGAGUAGUAACAGUGGGGGCGUGAGUGAUUUGGGUGGUGCGUUCGGACUGAGUGGGAGCGACUUGGGUGAGUCGGGUCGUGCGAGUUCGAGAUCCGACUCGUUGAGCUUGAGGUUGGGGAAUUUGCAAAAGUACAUAGAAGGCGAACACGUGGCAGCCGGUUGGCCUGCUUGGCUCAGCGCCGUCGCCGGUGAAGCUAUCCAUGGUUGGGUUCCACUCAAAGCGGACUCUUAUCAGAAGCUUGAGAAGAUAGGGCAGGGCACGUAUAGCACUGUGUUCCGAGCUCGUGAUCUCGAGAGCGGAAGGAUAGUUGCUCUAAAGAAGGUGCGGUUUGACAAUUUUGAGCCUGAGAGUGUGCGGUUCAUGGCUAGGGAGAUACUGAUUCUUCGAAGGCUUGACCAUCCAAACAUCAUUAAAUUGGAUGGGAUAAUUACUUCCCGAAUGUCGUGUAGCGUAUACCUUGUAUUCGAGUACAUGGAACACGACAUCACCGGACUUCUGUCUUGUCCUGACAUCAAGUUCAGCGAGUCACAGAUUAAAUGCUAUAUGAAGCAGUUGUUAUCUGGACUUGACCACUGCAAUUCAAGGGGCAUAAUGCACCGGGACAUUAAGGGAUCAAAUCUCCUUGUAAAUAAUGAAGGAAUUCUAAAGAUGGCUGAUUUUGGUUUGGCGAACUUCUAUGGUUCUAGUCGCAGGCAACCAUUAACGAGUCGUGUUGUAACCUUAUGGUACCGCCCCCCGGAACUUUUGUUGGGUUCUACGGAUUAUACUGCAGCUGUGGAUCUUUGGAGUGUUGGCUGUGUAUUCUCUGAACUUCUCCUCGGGAAACCUAUCCUGCAAGGCAGAACAGAGGUUGAACAAUUGCAUAAGAUUUUCAAGCUCUGUGGAUCCCCACCCGAUGAUUACUGGAAAAAAGCCAGACUACCACAUGCAACUAUUUUCAAGCCACAACAACCUUAUGAUAGCAGUCUCCGGGACACUUUUAAAGAUUUACCGGCUACUGCUGUGAAACUGAUAGAAACUUUGCUUUCAGUGGAGCCAUACAAGCGUGGCACUGCUUCCUCAGCUCUUGUUUCAGAGUAUUUCACAACAAAGCCCUAUGCUUGUGAUCCGUCGAGUUUGCCAGUAUAUCCACCUAGCAAAGAGAUAGAUGCAAAACUUCGUGAAGAGGCAAGGAGGAAAAAGAUAAGUGGAAGAGUUCGUGGGCCUGAAACAAGAAAGCCAAUAAGAAAACCCCAUAGAAUAAGUAAAUUAGCUCCAGUUGAGGAUGCCCCUGCACAAGCUCAAGGUUCUCAUAAGGUUAACAGUGAUCGUGUGCACAAGUCUAAGCAAAGAAAUGCUACCAUCAGUGAGGGAGUGACAAAUCCAUCUACUUAUGCAGUCGAAGAAGCGGCUCAUAUAAAGCAUGCAUCCCAAGGUGAUAUUCCUUUUUCCGGCCCGUUACAAGUUUCUACAUCAAGUGGCUUUGCGUGGGCCAGAAGACGAAAAGAGGAUGCAUCCAUAAGAUCACACUGCAGAUCUAUAUCAAGAGGUCAACUUUAUAAUUCUUUAGAGCCUUCUGCUCAGUUACAUGCACGAAAUAAUUGCGAUUCGAAAAGAAAUGAGAACUGGGAAGUACUAUAUGGAGUCCAUGCUGAUUCUAAAGGCCAUGAUUCAUAUGAAGCUGCCAAUCGUGCUAUGCAAAAACAAUGGAGCCAGUUUGAGCAUCCAGAUUCACUCGAUGCUUCUGAUGGAUACCACUCACAAGAGCUGUCAUUGGCACUUUAUCAAAGAGAAGAAAUGGCAGCCAAGAGAAAUAAUUUGGAUUACGAAGAUGAAAGGGAGAAAAUCGAAUUCUCGGGUCCCUUACUGUCUCAAUCGCAUAGAGUCGAUGAACUGUUGGAACGAAACGAACGACAGAUUCGCCAAGCAAUACGAAAGUCAUGGUUCCAAAGAGGGAAGAAACAUGGGAAGUAAUCUUCAAACACUCCACGUGCGAAACCAAAGGUUUCUGUAAAAUGAACUGGCCCUUGAAUAAUACCAAUGCAUCAUCAAGUUGAAGUUUUUGCAGAAACAAAUAUGGUGAAGAACAAAACUGGCAAAACUACCAUAUGAUAUAUGGUAAAGAUGUUUAUUCAUAGAGUUUUGAAGGGAAA